AUGCGGCAGCAGCGUGUGCGGAUGGACCAGUUUGAUCGCCAUGCCCUCCUGCAGUAUCAUCAGCAGGCCAUCACGCAGGCGCUGGCCCCUCAACAAACUCAGAAACAGAUGCCGUGCCAACUUGUCUUCCCUGAUGACACGAUGGCAAUUGGUUCGCCACCACCUUCGCGGGGUUUGCUGCUGCCUGAUGCCGAGAGUGGUCAAGAGACCGAGGAAGAGAGGCAAAGGCGUCUACUGCAAAACGAGCCCAUCGUGGUCUACACGUCGUUGUCAGAGGACGAGGUGAUCAUGCCAGAAAUAGUACGCCGUGGUGUGGCUUUGCUGACCAUGGUGGCUCUGCAAAUGGUCUGCAUCAUUGUGGUCCUCACCGGUGGUGAGGAGGACCAGCUGUUUGACCCAAACCAAGAGACUCCAAGCAGCGUCCAGGUGACGCUAUACACGGCGCAGCUUCUGAUCUCGCCCGCCUUCCUCCUCGCCUUCUACCUAUGGAGUGUGGAUGUCAUGAAGCUAUAUACAGUCUUGAACCAGCUGGAGCUAGUGCUGACCGCAACGCUGGCGCUUCGGAGUCCGCUAGACCUUCUGGUUUGUGCUUUGUACGUGCCGAUAGUGCUUCUCAGCGAUUGCUUGCGAUCCUUGAUGAUGCCUCAUUGCUUCAUGAUACGCGGCUGA